CACCUUCCCACGGAGAGUGUUGCAAUCGUUGACAAAGGUUCAAUGUUUCUGUGUCAUUUCGUCGCGGUGUGAGGCGCAGCGGUACAAUAUAUAAGGCUCUCGGCGCCGCGAUAAGCACUCGUCUCCUCUGGCUGCCCAGGUGACAUGCGUGCUGUGUACGUGCUGAGCGUGGUGGCGGCGGCUGGGUGGCUGGGGCGGGCGUGGGCUGGCUUCCCCAUGGUCACGCCGACAGUCGGGGACGUGUGGCCGCGCCCGCAGACCGCCCAGUAUGAGGACACUUACAUGACCGUCACGGCAGACAACUUCGCGUUUGUGGUGGUCGGGCACAGCUGCGAUAUCGUGGAGGAAGCCGUCACGAGGUACACGGACAUCAUUUUCCAGUCCGCAGCCUCACAGAUGGACCGUCAGACCAAGAGUUACAGUUUAGGGUCCCGCGCUUACCUGGACCAGCUCAGCGUGAACCUCUCCGCGCCGUGUGAGGACUAUCCGUAUCAAGGCAUGGACGAGUCGUACGAGCUGAAGGUCGACAGCCCAGACUACCCGGGGUCGGCCACGCUGUCGUCCCAGAGCGUGUGGGGCAUCCUGAGGGGCCUGGAGACCUUCUCACAGCUGCUGCUGCCGGACGCCUCGGGCUUCAGGGCCAUCAGGGCCACGCACAUCACUGACUUUCCGAGAUUCAGUUACAGGGGCCUGAUGCUGGACACCUCGCGCCACUUCCUGCCGCCCGCCAAGAUCCACGAGACCCUCGACCUCAUGGCCAUGAACAAGUUUAAUGUCUUCCACUGGCACGUCGUGGACGACCAGAGCUUCCCCUUCGUCAGCGUGGCUUUCCCUGACAUCAGCCGCCUGGGCGCCUACACAGAGCGCCACGUGUACACGCUGGCGGACGUGGCCGGCGUGGUGGAGUACGCUCGGCUUCGGGGCAUCCGCGUCCUGCCGGAGUUCGACACGCCAGGUCACACCCGCUCCUGGGGCCCCGGCCAGCCCAGCCUCUUGACGCAGUGCUAUCAGGACUCAGUGCCCGACGGUACAUUCGGCCCCAUCGACCCGAGCAACGAGAAGAACUUCGACUUUCUGACGGAGUUCUUCGCGGAGGUGACCAGCCGCUUCCCUGACCGCUACGUCCACCUCGGCGCCGACGAGGUGGACUACGGCUGCUGGCAAUCGAAUCCUGCCGUCUCGGACUUCAUGGAUGAGCUCGGCAUCAGCGGCCAGUACGAUAUGCUGGAGGAAUACUACAUCACCAGGCUCUUUGGCAUCAUCGCCGGCCUGCCAACCACCAACUCGUACUUGGUGUGGCAGGACGUGUUCGACAAGGGCAUGAGUCUGGCGGAGGACACGGUGGUACAAGUCUGGCAGGAUGGAGACAGCCCGGCGGAUUUCAUGGACAAGGUUGACCAGGUGACGAUGCAGGGCUACUUCGCCAUCCUCUCCUCCUGCUGGUACCUCAACCUCGACACCUUCGGCUCGGACUGGUUCGACUACUACACCUGCGACCCCCAUGACUUCCCAGGCUGGGACGAUCAGAAGGCGCUGGUGCUGGGCGGCGAGGCGUGCGUGUGGACGGAGUACGAGGACCGCACCAACCUGAUCCCCCGCACAUGGCCGCGCGCCGCCCUGGUGGCCGAGAAGCUGUGGAGCAGCGUCGAGGACACCGCCAGCGUGGAGGGCGUGCCGGAGCGCCUCGACGAGCACCGCUGCAGGCUGCUGGCGCGCGGCUACGACGUGGAGCCCCUGCUGCCCUCCUACUGCACCGCCGACAUUGUAUAGCCGCGGGAGGGGGUCAGGUUUACAGGAGAUGCCAUGUACAGGCCUUCCGUCCUAUUGCAGACUCCUUAUGUUCUUAUCUAUAUGAGUUCUCAGUCCUUGGUACAACAUUGCAUCAUUUAGGAUUCUGCUGGUGAAUGUUGUUCCCUUACUCUGUUUUGCUUUACAUAAAGUAUAAA